AUGUUAGAAAUGAAAAUAGGUCAAUUGCCAUGGAAAAAGUACUCUGUCCUAAUAGUACCUGUUCCUAAAUAUAUAAUAGGAAUUGACAUUUUAAAAGUGUUGACGUUGAAUUUAUCGGAAGGACAGUAUCAAUUUGGCGUUAAGCCAUAUUUUUCAGUCAAAACAGUUAUAGUAGGGAAAGUUAAAAUGCCACCAGUAGAAUUGCCUUCAGCAACAAAGGUAAUUAGUUUGAAGCAAUAUAGAAUCCCGGGGGGGGGGGGGCAUAAGGAGAUAGGUGAAACAAUUCAGGAUUUAUUAAAUGCAGGUGUCUUGAAAACUACUAUUACAGCAUGGAAUAAUCCAGUUUGGCCUGUCAAAAAGUUGGACGGGUCUUGGCGAAUGACAGUAGAUUAUCAAGAAUUGAAUAAAUAUACUCCGCCACUAACAGCGGCGGUUCCAGAUACAAUUACAUUAAUAGAAAAUAUACAGAAACAUCAAGGUACUUGUUAUGCAGCAAUAGACUUGGCAAAUGCUUUCUUUACCAUACCAUUUGUAGAAGAGAAUUAUGAUCAAUUUGCUUUUACCUGGCAGGGACGACAAUAUACAUUUACUCGGUUACCACAAGGAUAUUUGCAUUGUCCUACUAUCUGUCACAAAAUAGUGGCAGAACAUUUAGACAAAAUAAGGUUGCCUCAGAACAUGCAAAUUUAUCAUUACAUUGACGAUAUUCUUAUUCAAGGGAAUUCCGAACAAGAAGUGAGUGAGUAUUUACAAAUAGUAAUAAAUCACAUGAGAAUAAAGGGCUGGGAAAUAAAUCCCAAUAAGAUUCAGGGACCAGCUCAAACAGUAACAUUUUUGGGAAUUCAGUGGCAUCAGGGACAUAGAGAAAUUCUACCUAAGGCAAAGCAAAAGAUUUUAGAAUUUCCAACCCCUCAAGAGAAAAUGGAGGCACAGCGUUUUAUAGGCUUAUUUGGAUUUUGGAGACAGCAUAUUCCCCAUUUAAGUCCAAUACUUUCCCCAUUGUAUAAAGUGACUAGGAAAAAAUAUGAGUUUGUUUGGGGGGAUGAUCAGCAAAAAGCUUUCGAACAAGGAAAGCAAGCUAUUCAAAAGGCUUUAGAUUUAUGGCCCCUACAGGACAGGGAAGUAGAGUUACAUGUAUCCGUACAGAAUCAUUAUGCUAAUUGGAGCCGUUGGCAGAAACAGGGAUCAAAGCGGGAGCCAUUAGGAUUCUGGACUAGGAAAUUACCAGAUGCAGUAGAAAGGUAUCCUCCUUUUGGGAAGCAAUUACAAGCAUGUUAUUGGGCACUGGUAGACACUGAACAAAUGACAGUAGGACAUACUGUACUUUUGCGACCAGAAAUACCUAUAAUGCAGUGGGUAAUGAUUUCAUCCAAGAUGCAUAGACUAGGUCAUGCGCAGGAAGCAAGCAUUAUUAAAUGGAAAUGGUACAUUCAUGAUAGGGCCAAACCUGGAAUUAAUGGGGUGGCGAUGCUACAUGAAAAAGUGGCUCAAAUACCAAUAGAUCAGCAACUAUCUGUUACUGACAAGGCUGAACCAGUCAGUGAGUCUCCGGUAAAAUGGGGUAUGCCAUAUGUACAGGUAACAUUAGAACAAUGCAAACAUGUUUGGUUUACUGAUGGAUCAGCAAAAUAUGUAGGAAAUAAAAGAUGUUGGAAAGCUGUAUCCUAUAAUCCAGUGACUAAGAGAGUUUUAACAUCUUCAGGGAGUGGUAAAAGUAGUCAGUAUGCAGAAUUAUAUGCUGUAUAUCAAGCACUGAAACAGGAGACGCCAGGUAUAUCAUUUUAUACUGACUCUUGGUCAGUGGCAAAUGGAUUGGCAACUUGGUUGCCUACCUGGCAGAAAAAUGACUGGAAAAUUCAUUUAAAAAAAAUUUGGGGAAAAGAACUAUGGCAAUUGAUUUGGGAAAUGAUAAAUCAAGGUACUGUAACAGUUUAUCAUGUUGAUGCACAUUGUUCUGCAGAUUCUCUAAAACAUUGGUUUAAUUCUGUUACAGAUGAACAAACGAGAAUUUCAGAAGCUAAUAUACCAGAUGAUUCUGAGCAAAUGGGGAUGGCAAAAUGGGCACAUCAGAAGUGCGGACAUCUGGGAGAAAAGGCCACUUACAGGUGGACACAAAUGAGAGGAAUUGCACUUUCAUUAGACUUAAUUAAAACUGUUAUAUUAGAAUGCCUGAUAUGUGAACAUACUCAACAAAGAUCCAUACCUCAUAUGGUUCAGGGACAUAUAGGACAAGGAAAGUUACCAGGACAAAUACGACAAAUUGAUUAUGUUGUUCCUUUACCAUUAAAUAAAGGCUGUCAAUAUAUAUAUACAGAGGUAGAUACUUAUUCUGGGUAUCUUAUUGGUUUUUCAUGCCGACGAGCAACACAGGACAGUUCAGUUGAUCGAGACUGGGAUUGGAAUUCAAAUUCAACAAAGCAUUUUGGUUGGACAGUGCCUCAAUCAACACUUGCUUUAAAGGGUGUUCAGGUUGUAAAUGGAGUUAUUGAAGCAAGUUAUCAAGGGGAACUUAAAAUUAUUCUGUUAAAUACUUCAGAUGAGAAUGUUCAUGUACAGAAAAAGGAUAGGGUAGCUCAAAUAUUUAUUGUACCUGUGUUAGGCAGUUCCAUCACCAGAGGGCAGUCAUCGCCUGUUACCACCUUCGACAGGGAGCAGAUAUCUAGUAUGCAUGAAAUUAAUUCAUGUGCAAAAAUAUGGUUCCAUGAACCCAAUAAACCACCUGAAGAAGCAGAAGUUAUUGCUGCUGGGAAUGAUAAUACUGUUUUAAUUAUUAAACCAGAAAAGGAAAAAUUGGAAUAUAUACCAGCAGAUUGGUGUUAUUUGCGAGAAUAA